CGAUUUCGUUGAACAGCACACAAGCAUAGACAAUUUGACGUCAGACUGGUUCAAGGAUCCCACUGAUCAAAAGAACGUGGAAUGUCGCACUAGACUGCUGGAUAACACAAAUGCGGGGAACUGGAGGAGUUACACGCCCAACUCUGCAACGAGGCAUUGCACGGUUCUAAGGCUAAGAGUCAGUAGUAGAUUAUAAAUAUCUAAGAGCAAUCGAUAUCCCCACAUCACACAAGUUCGCAUCUAUCCACGCUGCCAUCAUGCCCAAAUCCGAGAAGACACGCAUUUUCAUCACAGGUGGUACUGGGUAUAUUGGCGGAUCCGUUCUGUCUGCAUUAUUGAACCACCCUAGAGCCAAUUCAUUUCAGAUCACUGCUCUCACUCGCUCCCCCGAGAAGGUCGUACCGCUCAACAGCGUCGGAGUCGUAGCUGUCGUUGGCUCAAAUAAAGACGUUAAAAAGCUGACAGAACAUGCAAGUGACUCGGAUGUAGUCUUUGCCUGUGCUGACGCCGAUGACCUUUCGGCAGCCAAGGCAAUCCUCUUGGGAUUGAAAAAGAGAUACGACAAAACCGAUAAGGUCCCUAUUCUCAUUCACACAUCUGGAACCGGUGUCCUAGCAGACGAUGUCGCUGGGAACUACGCUACUGAUAAGAUAUAUUCCGACCUUGACAUCCCGAUGAUCGAGUCACUACCCAAAACGCAACCUCAUCGUGAAGUUGACAUCGAAGUCGUUGCUGCUGGUCAAAAAGGUUACGUUCGGACAUAUAUCAUUUUGCCUUCGACGAUAUACGGCAUCGCGAACACAUCAUUGGUCAGACUCGGCGUCCAGAACCCCUACUCUCAACAAAUCCCUGGUCUCAUCAAAGCCAGCAUCGACAGAAAACAGGGCGGCGUCGUCGGUAAAGGGCUGAAUCUGUGGCCUAACGUCCACAUCGAAGACGUAGCAUCUUUAUACGCCACCAUUUUCGACGCUGCCAUGAAAGGGCCAGGUGAAGCAGGCCAUGGCCGCGAGGGCUUUUAUUUCGGCGCAAAUGGAGAACAUCGCGUGGGCAGGAUCUCGGAAAUUGUCGCAGAGUUGUUGUAUGAGAUGAAGCUGGGCAGAAGUCCCGAGCCUACGGUUUUCACGGAGGAAGAGUUGAUCAAAUAUUUCGGGGGCGCUUAUCUUGGAUCGAACUCCCGUGUACGGGCGGAACGAGCCAAAUUGAUUGGGUGGACUCCAGUGCAUACCGUCGACAGUCUUUGGGCGAGUCUCAAGCCAGAGACCGAGGCGAUCGUGGAGAUGCUAAACGCUUAAAUUGCGAAUCACAUAAAUGAAUAAAGAAGUUAGUAGGUUAGCGCUUUGUGAAAAGUUCUAUGAUUAUCUUGGCACGGUCGGGACUCAGAACUUGGGACCUUCCCAAUAUUUAAGACCUUGCAAUAUAUGGGUCAGCAAUGAUCUCCUCUUCCGGA